CUGAUCAGCGUGUGCUAUGUUAGGUGUGCUUUGUCAGGUGUGUUGUCAAACAAAAUACAAAGAUUUCGUAGACUAAUCUCAAGUUAUCAAAACGUUGUUUAUUGUGUAAGAACAUCUCCUUAUUCAGUGAACAACAUGGACCAUCAAAGUCAAAGUGGAUCUAUGUUAAAAACGAUAUGGGAGACAUUACCCAAACGACCAGUCACGUUAUUUCUUGUUAUGCUUAUAAUUGGCGUGUCAGCUUUUUUCAUUGACACCCUAUCAGAAAACAGAAUCCUAGGAGUUUUUAUACCAGCUGCCUUCACACAAGACAAAGUCCAAAUCUACAAUAACUCUCAAAAUAACAGCCUGCUGGGCUUAGGAGAAAUGAUGGAAACUAAAACAUAUCAUACAACAUUUAGUACCCAAGCUACAUCUGCUUCUACCUCUUUGCUAAUGACUACAUUAAUAUCAUCGACAACAACAACGACUUUAAGUACAAGUGUCACAUUGAUCUCUCCACAAGCAGCUAUUGAAGUCCACUGUUCUCCAAGCCCAUAUGUUGACUGCGACGGCUCUCUGAUGGAUGAAUCUACCACCAAUGAAACUUUUGGAGUCGUGCUGCUAAGAAGACCAGGAUGGAUGGACAUAUCUAGAUUUGACUUCUCCAAAUGUCAGUAUUCGAAAUGUGUAUUUCAAGGUGAUACAAUUGACAAUACUACACGUCUAAUCAUUAUUUACACUGUUGGACUAAACGACAAUUUUAAACUAAGCCAAAGAUGGCCAGGGCAGAUCUAUGCUGCCGCUACUUGGGAAUCACCACCACAUACACAUGCUAGUUUUUUGUCUGACAAGAACUCUUACUGGAAUUUUGUUUUUAAUGUGACUGCCACUUACAGAACUGAUUCCGAAAUAUUUGUGCCUUAUGCCAGAUUGAUCUUUCAGCCAACGCCAAAAGGAAAACGUCCUAAUUAUUUGGAAAUUGCUCAAAAGAAAACAAAGUGGAUUGCUUGGUUUGUGAGUAACUGUAGAACUCCUUCAAGAAGGCAUGAAUAUGUUCAGCAAAUGCAGAAAGUCAUAGAUGUUGACAUAUAUGGUGGAUGUGGCAAGCCUUGCUCUCAAGGUGGCUCUGUCUGCACCGAAGACUUCCCUGCCCAGUACAGAUUUUAUCUCUCCUUUGAGAACUCUUUAUGUACAGACUACAUAACUGAAAAGUUUUUUAAGCUGUUUACUCCUAAUGCUCACGUGAUUCCAGUAGUGAGAGGUGGACUUGAUUAUAAUAAACAUCUACCAAAUUACACGUUUAUCAAUGCUUCUGACUUUAAAAGUGCUAAUGAUUUAGCUCAGUUUUUGAAACAGCUCGGCAAUGAUCCUGCAGCGUUCAGCAGAUAUUUAGAACAUAAAGAUAUGUAUAGAAUGAAAGAGAAAUCAGGAAUAGAUAACAUUGGUUGUAAAAGUUGCCAAUAUUUACAUACCAGGAAACAAGAUCAUGAGGCAAAAGUCUACGAUAUGAAAGACUGGAUGGGAGAUAAUCGUUGUUAUGAGGCUAACGAUUUAUAAUUAAUUUUGCGAAAUGUUUAUUUCCUUCCGAUACUUGAAAAUUCUAGCUGUCAGCAUUUGGUGUGGAAUGCAAUAUGUUUAUAUAACAGAGCUAGUUUACUUACUUAAGUUAAAUAAUGUUUCAGAACUGACACUUCCUCGUUUUGAUUGUAUCUUUAUUCUGUUUGAAGAUUUGUAGAUAGAUGUUGCAGAUAUGUUAAUAUGUGUGGAUCCUCUAGUGCUUAGUUUGCGGCAUCUCUUGCUAAGUCAGAGGCCCAAUGAAAUUUAAUAACCUUCUUUACAAUUUUCCUAAUUACUUGCUCCCCCCCCCCCCAUCAUUUAGACCAGUAUGCUAAAAUAGCAUUGAAAUCAAUGAAACAAUAAUGAAACAACUCCUAACGUAUCCGUAGUAGAUACCAGAAAUCCUCUUCACUUCUGUAGAAUUUCAAAUCACUAUCAGCAGACGCAAUGAGAAGAAACUACGAUUAGAUGAAACUUUGAUUUAUCGCCACCAAGAUCUGUGUUUUUCAUUUUACUUUCUGGUUGAAACUAUAUCUUCUUGCUCACAGAUUUGGUUCAGUUACUGCUUAUUGUGUUGGCUAAGGAAACACUAAAGAGCUCUCUAAGUUAGAUUUAGAGUACUGAAUAAGUUUGCUAUGUUUUGGUACAGUCACAACGUUGUUGCAUAAGAUUUGCACUUUAGGUCUGAAUUUAUUUUGUAGUCUUUUUUAUGGUUGGAUCAAGGUCUGUGGUUAGUUCUGAACCUAUUUGAUCUUAAGCCUGUUUAUUCUUUAGUUCAAACACUGGUCUUUCUGUUCUUUAAAGGCCUGGUCUUUUGUUUGAAUACAUUCUACAUUUAUAAGAAUAAAGCAACAAAAAAAAACUAUAAUAAUAACGGUAUUUUUAUAUGGAUAUCUUAUGCUGAAUAAUUGGAAGGUGAGUCAUAACUAAACAAUCAACAGAAUAUCUUGUUGAAAGGACAUAAUUUUAUUUGUUACCUAAUAGUUGUUUGUCAUAACUUUCCUAUCUCUUCCCCAAUUUCAAACCAUUCAUUUUUAAAUUUCAUACGCUAUUUAUUGUCUACUAGCUUCAGUCCUAAACUGUACUACCGUGAACUGCAAGAUGUUAUGAACAAGGAGUCGUUUUUUUUUCUACAAUGCAGCUAUAUCAACUGCUUUGCGAAUACCACUAAUUUCGACUCAUUUCCAUACGGUGAAAAACAUCAAUCUUCAACAUCAUCAUCAUACAAGCUUAAGCUCCUGCACAAUGAUUAGGCAGUGGAAGAGCUUUAUGAGCAAGUGUUGAAAAAGGACAUCCUUUUGAUACACGGAGACUGGAAUGCCAAGGUAGGAAGCAUCUACCAAACCUGGAAAGGCACAUGUGGGAGAUAAUGUAACCUCUUAACUAAUAAGCGAGGUCUGAGACUACUAGAAUUUUCGAAGUUGGCCACAACGAUGCCACAAAAAGUCGCGAAUAACCACAUGGCACAGUCCCAACUGAGAAUUCCACAACCAGAUCGACUAGUGCAGCAGGCAAGCAUCCAUAUGUCCAAAACAAGAAGUUUUCCUGGAGCUGACAUUAGAAGCGACCAUGACCUUGUAAUGAUGACCUUUAACUUACACCUAAAAAAAAAAGAUAACAAAACAAGGACCUGCAAGUAUAAAAUUUGACCUGAAAAAGAAGACUACCAAUAGCAGCCAGCCCAAAAACUCUACGUAACAAUGGACUGAAUACUUUUCAGAGCUGUAUAACGUUGACAUCUCAGGUGAUCCAGAGUUACUCAAAGUUCCUGCUGUAACCAACAUUGACGAAUAUACUAUUCUUCGCAUGGAAGUAGUAUCAGCGGUAAAAUCCCUGAAAAAUGGAAAAUUAGCCGGAGUUGACAACAUUCCUGGUAAAGUUCUACAAGCUGAUGGCGAAACCUGGAAAUAUGCACUUUUUAAGGUUUGCAACAAGAUCACUCAACAUCAUCCUUCCAAGAAAGAGAUUUACAAAGUGAGCCUCAAAAGCCAUUCCAAGAAAGUCACACUAAACCGGCUAAAGCUGAAAGCAGGCAAAAUUAUAUCAGAAGAACAAGCGGGUUUUAGACAAGGCCAAAGCACAUCAGAACAAAUCCUAAACCUCAGGAUAGUGUGCGAGAAAUAUCUUCAAAACCAAAAAUAUUUUUUUAACGUUUUAUUUGAUUUCAAGAAAGCUUUCGACAGAGCUAGGAGGGCUCUGAGCGACAAUGCAAACGUACAAUAUAAAUAAAAAGAAAAUAAAAAAGAAAUUCGGAACCUCUAUAAGCAGUUCACUAGUGCGGUAUACUUCAACAAUAACUCUAGGGACUAGUUUCAAAUCAAAGUUGAAGUGAUGCAAGGCUGCCUACUCUCGAUAAUGGAAAAAACUCUUCGAGAUUACGAAGCUACUGUAAGCAUUGGCGGAAAAAGAAUGACUAAAUUGAGAAAUAGUCUGGCAGGGAGUGAAGAACAGCUAGCUGACUUCAGCAUUUGGUAUGUAAAUCAAUGCCGAAAGAAAAAAAAUAGCCUACAGGGAUUUAAAAGAGGUAUUAGCAUUGGAGACGAAAAGCUGACAAGUGUCAGUAGUUUUAAAUACCUUAGAGCUCUAUCGUUUCAGAUGGAAUCAAACUUGAACUACAGGCCAGAAUUGUAUAGUCCAAAGCAGCACUUGCAAAACUUAAAAUAAUCUGGAAAGAAAAAACAUUUUGCCCUUAGACAUUAUAAUCAGACUGAUGCGCUCCUUGGUCAUGGCCACAUUCUUGUAUGUUUGCGAAUGUAGGAUGCUAAAUGCAGAACUCUAAGAGGAGGUUCCUAGCAAUAGAACUGAGAUGCUAUAGCUGAAUCCUAGGUUUCACCUAUAAAGACCCCAUCAAAAAUGAAGAGAUUAAAAACAAUCACAACAGCAAUAGCCUGCUAACCACUGUAAAAAAAAUUAAAACACAAGCUGAAAUUUUAUAGCCAUAGCUAUAAGGUGCUCGGGAAAGCAAAGAAAUCCUACAAAAUGGACGGGCCUGUCAUUGAAAGCAAGAGACUUGACUGGUCGACGGAUCGUUUGGCGCUCAGUUCAACAGAUUAUGGGAUAUGUGAAUGGUUUUAGAGAGCAAAAAAAUAUUCGACUGCUCAAAAUGUGUGCAUUUUUCAAGCGACACAUUAAUUUGGUUUCUAUUAUAAAUGGUAUUAGUUUAAAAAAGAAAUCCUCAAAUUCGAUUAACACAAAAAUUAUUCUGUGAACUUUAAGAAAUAGUUGUUUUGUAUGCAUUCUCUGGGUGUUACAGUGAUAGUCACAAUGUGUACACCGCUGUGCUUGAUUUAAUGAAAUUAUUGAUAAGUAGCUGUAACUUGCAGUGUUUAGGUAAAGUUACUUUUAUAGGGGUAUGCUGGCUUAACAGUAAAACAUUAUCUUCCAAACUGAGUGGACUAGGCUAUGAAUUAUGGUAAAGAUUUUGUUUUAAACUUGGUCCUCCAAACUGUAAUGGGUACCUGACUCCCUUGUUAAUUAUCUACCAUUGAAACAGAUGACCUUUGCAUCAUCUGCCCUACGGAUCACUACGUCUUAAAGUAGAAAUAAAGUUUUACAAGUUGUUACAGUAACUAUAACACUCAAAAUUUGUUACAGUAACAUCCUCUGGGUGUUACAGUGAUAGUCCCAAUGUGUUACAAUGACAUUCUCUUGGUGUUACACUAGCUAGUAUAGGCAAAGUUCAUUUUCACACUACUUCAUCAUAAUGUAAAUAGUCAUAUUUGUUUAUGCUGCCAUACCAUUUGUUAAAAGAAGUGUGUCAAUAAUGUUCUUACGUAAAAUAUACACAUUUUUUUUCUCAACUUGCAUAUGUUCAAUAUUUUUACAAAGGUUUAAUGUCAAAAUAAAUUUGUAGAGAAUUUCAGUAUGAGAGUUACUUUUGUGUAACUUUGCUUUAUGUUGUUAUCUGCUGCAGGUUGCGCAGAGAUAAACAUGUAUAAGUUAUAGACGAUGAUAUUUAUACUAUGUUGUAUCUAUCUAAAUCGACCACCUGCGGACAAUGGUUAUGCUUGCCCUGGAUGUGGCUAAAUAUGUAGGUCACAGCUGGGGUUGCGCAGCCACGGGAAAUACUGUAUUCUUCACUAAUCUUCGGACUCGAAGACAAGCCUUUUAUAUAUAUAUAUAUAUAUGUGUGUGUGUGUGUGUAAUUCCAUAAAUUUAUCCUAUUAUCAAUAUAUCAACAUUUUGUAUUUGAUCUUAAAGAAAACAUUUCAUAUCUUUAAUAAAAGAGGACUAGUAAAUCCUCUCCUUAGAUGUGUGAUUCCACAAAGUCAUUGUCUUUUUGGAAUUCUAUUUCAAGAUCUAAAGAAAGAGAUAGUAAUUUCAUGAACUAAUCCUAGAUUCCUAGAUAUGGAAUAAGAAAUAUGUCUGUAAUUUCAUGAACUAAUCCUAGAUAUGGAAUAAGAAAUAUGCCUGUAAUUUCAUGAACUAAUCCUAGAUAUGGAAUGAGAAAUAUGUCUGUAAUUUCAUGAACUAACCCUACCUAGAUAUGGAGUAAGAAAUAUGCCUGUACUUUCAUAAGAAAUGGGCCUUUUUCUUUGUGACCACUCAACUAUUUAAUUAUUUUGUUAUUUGUAUGUUAUGAUUUACACUCAAAAUAUAUCAUUGUUUUGUUGUUUAGUUUUCAAGUUGCCUUUCGUCACCACAUUCCAAUCAUCCUUGAUGUUUGUUUAUUUUAUAUUACAAAAUGCAACAUUUGAUAAUAAAUCCAUUUUUCUAUUGUGUAAUGUUUUUUUGCAUUACUAUUAACAUUUUACAGGGUUUUUUAAAAAGUUAUAUGCUUUAAAACCCAUAUGCAUAAAAAGAGAGUUCUUUUUUACCAUACUCAUUCGAAUAAUAAUUAACUAUUAUUACCAUUGUCAUAAAAAUAUUCACUCAAGGUUUUCAAACAAGCAGUUUAUAGUUUUGCUAAAGAACGUAUUUUCAAUACUAUUUCAAUCGGUAAUUAUAACUUUAGACAGCUAGACAGUAAAGACUUUUGCAUGAAACUGUCAGACAAUGAAACUAUUAAUGAUUAUUGCGUUAGUAAUUCCACAAAUGAUUGUUUGUAUUUAGUUUACUUUUUUAUAACUCAAUAAUGUCACUAAAUAAAUUUUGAAUUUGUGGUUGUUCUGGAAAUUAUUAAAAAAAUUAUCAUUAAUAAAGUUCAUUCAUUGUAGCAGAAAUAUUUUUUUUCUACCCCAACCCUUUUCGCAACUGGUCCAUACAAGUGAUAGGAUCAUAGCGCAUUUAGCAAGCUACAACCAUGAAAUUGCGCUAAACAAAAACAAUUGGUAAACAUAUUUUGAAUAGAAUUACACUCCAUGUAGUUUUUUUAAAAGUUGUUUUUAAAUAUUUUCUUUGUAAAAGUACUGUUGUAAACCUUCCCCCCCCCCCCGACUAAUCUUUUUUUUUUUUUACGUGCGAUGUUCUUUAUUCAGGAGGGUGUAAAUGACCUCCGUGAGUAUGUUAUUGUGAAAAGGGACUUACUAAUUUAGACUUAGAUCCUCCGGUGCCGUUCGGCGAAUUGGGCGACAAGCUGUCUCCACACAAAUCGGUCAAGGGCCGCCCUAGACUAACCUACAAAGGUGUCUGCAAGCGAGACUUGAGAGCCACGGGCAUCGAUCAAAGUAUGUGGGAGGAGAAAACCCAAGACCGGACAGUAAGGAGACAGACUGUACGUGCUGGUGCGAACUUCGCCGAAUGCAAAAGAAACGAAGCUGCAUGUCAAGAGAAAGAAAAAGAAAGCUGCCCUGUCAGCUAGCCCUAGGACAGAUACAUAUACAUGCAUGAACUGUGGUAAACUUUGCGCUCCAGAAUUGGUUUGAUCAGUCACUCCAGAUUCUGCCCUAUCUCAAGACGUAACCAAAGCCAGUGACUCAUCUGGGUGCAUCCAUUGUCUUCCAAGACAGAAGGAACCAUAUAUAUAUAGAGAGAGAGAGGUAUGUGAUCUGAUCAAUACCGGAUAAGAUAUCGGAUAAUAAUUAAUAAGCUUCUUGAGCCCUUGAAUUCACUCUUAUAAUAGUAGGUCUACAUCUAUUUUAAUAGUAUCUAGACUCUAGAUCUUAAUGUAUAUAGGCUUACAAGCAAAUGUUUUCAUUAACUUACUUAGACUUAGGUUCCGCGCCGUUCGGCGCAUUGGGCGGCAAGCUGUCUCUAUAGAGAUCUGUCAUUGGCAAUGUCUGAAGCCUCCUCUCACCUGGUGUCCACAGUUCUGAGGUCCUCCAUAAAGGUGUGGCGCCAGGUAAUACGAGGACGUCCCUGUUUGCGCUUUCCUCGUAUUGGCCUCCAUGUCAUCGCAACUCUUGGUAUGCGUAGUUCAUUUUGUCGUUGGACAUGUUCCGCAAACCUCAUGCGACGUUCUGUCACAACCUCACUAAGUGUUCGACUCCCAGUUUGGCAUAGGAUUUCCUUGUUUGAGACCCGAUCUGUGUAACUGACUCCCAAAAUUCGUCUCAGCCAUUUUUGUUGAGCCACAUUUAGUCUUUUCUCAAUUUUGACAGAUGACUUCCAUGUCUCACAUGCAUAUGUUGCAGUAGGAAUGACGAUUGUGUCGAAAAGGUGUAUUUUUGUCUCGAAUCCAAUGGCUUGGCUUGUCCAAAUCAGCUGCAGCCUUUGGAAAAUGCUCCCUGCUUUUCCUAUUCUGACGGGGGCACCCUUUGCUUUAUAUCCCACUCGCAAAAUUUUAGUCUUAUCCAAGUUUAUGCGGAGGCCAAUUUUGGGUGCCUCUCUAUCUAGGCUUUCCGUCAUUUCUUGUAUAUAAACAGUGGAUUUAUAUCGAUUAGCUAUUUUGAUAUCUCCAUUCAUGCUAUUUAUACAUCACGCAUUCCCUUUCUUAUAGCAUUAUUAUUUCGUUUACUUGUUUCAAAAACACUCUCAGUGACUAAAUCGUCAUUGAUAUGCAUAUUAAGACACGCGUGUCGAGGGUAAUAUAUGGCUAUUAAAUAUAUAUAUUUUUUAAUAGGUCUAUGGAACUGAUGAAUAAGCUGUACUCAAGGAAGACAUUGUUAUUAUGUGUUUGUGAUGUCCUCAUGUGAAUAAACAUUUGUAUUCGUUUAAUCGCCUCCCUUAAGUUAUUACAUUGGUGUAAAGAGCAGCAAAAAGCUGGCUAAAAGAAACAAAAAAAAAUUGGUGUUGAAGUGGAUUAUGAUGACUCAAAGAGAUGAGGUGGGAUUUGAUCUCAAUUGCAUCUUUGAGCUAUUACAUCAACUCUUAAUUAAAGAGCUAAGACAAGCGCUUCGGUACCGAGGUUUACAAUCCGUCGGUAGGAGGGAAACGCUCACAGCUCGUCUCCGGCAAACCCUGAUUGAUGAAGAAGAAGAUACGGAGACCUACCGAGUUGAAAUUGAACCUGGGAUUAUUGAGGUCGUUGGCAAGAUGCAGAAAUAUAUGGAUGAAUAAAUGAACAUGAUGGGGCACACGGUGAAUGAGAUUAUUGCAAGCGAAAGGCGGAAUAGUCUCGUUGGUGAAGGGGCAUUGGUCUGGCCAAGACUGUGGCUGCACAAAUAGUGGUGACGGAAGCGCUGGGGAUUAUAGCGCCGUCUGUGACUGUGUGUGAGUAAGUCUUGCGGGUGUGACUUUCAAGACGAGAAACGUGACGAUUGCUGCGACGAUCUCAACUGGAUAUACCAAAUCGAAAGGAAAGAGACAAAUGAAUAAUCUAGAGAAAUCUGUUAUUUGCGUA